AUGGCUCCGGUGCUGAUGUGCGGCGUGGAGGAUGUGCUGUUCAGCGGCGGCCGCCUGCUCUGGACCGUCACCGUGGCCGCGCUGCGCCGCUGCUACUCGGCCCGGCUGCGGGCGGCACGCCAGGCGCUGCGAGCCUGGUGCGGCCUCCGCGAUGUCUACCAGAUGACCGAGGGCCGGCACUGCCAGGUGCAUCUCCUCGAUGACAGGAACUUGGAGCUGCUGGUUCAGCCCAAACUUUUGUCUCGGGAGUUGUUGGAUCUGGUGGCCUCACACUUCAACCUGAAAGAAAAGGAAUAUUUUGGGAUAACAUUUAUUGAUGACACAGGUCAGAGUGUCUGGCUGCAGCUGGAUCACCGUGUCCUGGACCAUGACUUGCCCAAGAAACCAGGCCCAGCUACUUUGUACUUUGCCGUUAGGUUCUACAUUGAAAGCAUUUCCUUUCUCAAGGACAAAACUACGGUGGAGCUGUUUUUUCUGAAUGCCAAAUCCUGUGUACACCAGGGACACAUCGAGGUGGACAGCGAGACCGUGUUCAAGUUGGCCGCCCUGGUGCUCCAGGAAGCUAAAGGGGACUAUUCCAGUGAUGAGAACACCAGAAAAGACUUGAAGACACUGCCUGUCUUUCCUACCAAGACACUGCAGGAGCAUCCAUCCCUUGCUUACUGUGAGGACAGAGUAAUUGAGCAUUAUACACAAAUUAAAGGUCUGACCAGAGGACAAGCCAUUGUUCAGUACAUGAAAGUGGUGGAAGCUUUGCCAACAUAUGGAGUUCAUUACUAUGGAGUAAAGGAUAAACAAGGAAUCCCGUGGUGGCUUGGAAUAAGUUACAAAGGAAUCGGCCAGUAUGACUUACAAGACAAAGUGAAGCCCAGAAAACUAUUUCAAUGGAAGCAGCUGGAAAAUCUGUAUUUCCGUGAGAAGAAGUUUGCUGUGGAGGUGCACGAUCCCCGCAGGAUUUCAGUGUCAAGAAGGACCUUUGGUCAGAGUGGGCUGGUGGUGCAGACCUGGUAUGCAAACACUUCCCUGAUCAAGUCCAUCUGGGUGAUGGCAAUCAGUCAGCACCAGUUUUACUUGGACAGGAAGCAAAGCAAAGCAAAAAUUCCGUCAGCCAGAAGUUUGGAUGAUAUCGCCAUGGAUCUGACAGAGAUGGGAACUCCAAAAGUGUCAAAGCUGGUGACUUUGGAGGCCAAGAACCAGCUUAUCAUGGCCAGCAAUGGCAGUUUGAUCUCAUCAGGCUCUCAGGACUCAGAGGUCAGUGAAGAACAAAAGAAGGAGAAAAUUAUGGAACUGAAGAAGAAAGAGAAACUCCUUCAGGAGAAACUCCUUCAGAAGGUUGAGGAGCUGAAGAAAAUCUGCCUGCGCGAGGCGGAGCUGACAGGGAAGAUGCCCAAGGAGUAUCCCCUGGGGGCAGGGGAGGAGCCUCCCCAGGUGAGGAGGCGCGUGGGCACCGCGUUCAAGCUGGACGACAACCUGCUCCCCAGCGAGGAGGAUCCUACUUUGCAGGACUUGGAGAGCAAUUUUAUCAUACACCAAAAGCUGGUAGAAGCUGCAAAGAAACUUGCCAGCGAGCCAGACCUCUGCAAAAAUGUGAAGAAGAAAAGAAAACAAGAGUAUGCUGAUGCUGUAAAAAAGCUGCAAGAGAUAGAAAACUCCAUAAAUGAAUACAGAAUCAAGUGUGGCAAAAAACCAACCCAGAAAUCAACUCUGGCUCUACCAGAUGAUAUAAUUCCAUCCGAGAGCAGCUCCCUGUCAGACGCAACCACCUAUGAUGAUGUCAGUGAAUCACUUCCUGCAGCAGCACAGAGACCCAGCUCUGCACAGCUUUCUCCAAGGCUUCCCCCACCAAAGUCCCUUGGCGUGGAGAGAAUUCACCUCCGGAAGUCAUCCAUAAACGAGCAGCUCUUGGAAAGCAGACACUCCAGGGACACGCUCUCGACGCACAGCAGCCUGUUCCGCGCGCUGGAGCGGCCGGUGCCGCCGCAGGGCGGCAGGAGCAUGCCCACCACCCCCGUGCUCACCAGAAACGCCUACAGCAGCAGCCACCUGCAGCCAGAUGUUUCCCCACGCCACUGCCGGCAGCGCAGCGGGAGCCUGGAGUCCCAGACCCACCUGCUGUCCGAGGCUCCUGCUGACAAGCCAGCCUUCUCCCUCUGCAAGUCGCAGCGGAGCAGCAGCACAGAGAUCCUGGACGACGGAUCAUCCUACACCAGCCAGUCCAGUGCAGAGUAUUACUGCGUGACACCCACUCCCAACCCCUAUUACACCACCCAGACCCUCGACAACAGGACCAGGGGCCGGAGGCGCUCCAAGAAACACAACAUUUCCGCCGCGAGUUCGGGGAGCAUGCCGAACCUGGCUCACAAGGACGCCCGCAGCGCCGUCUUCCACAAAAACCAGGAGCAGCCUUCCUCUAAUUACUACAUUCCUGGGUACUCCCCUUACACCGAGCCUGACGUUUAUUACAACGGGGGGUACGUUUAUGAGAGCGACACGGAGGGGCAGUACAGCGUGAACCCCUCGUACCGCUCCUCGGCGCACUACGGCUACGAGCGGUACCGGGAGUUCCGCUCCUACCACGAGGACGAGGUGGACAGAGUCCCACACAACCCCUACGCCACCCUCAGGCUCCCCAGGAAGCAGGUGGCUAAAACGGAGCACAUAACCAAAAACAUUCACAAGGCCUUAGUAGCAGAGCAUCUCCGGGGCUGGUACCAGCGUGCCUCCAGCCAGAAGGAGCAGGGCCACGGCCUGCAGGCGGGCUUUGAGUCUGACCGAGGAUCUCAGAGGAGUUUGGGCUUUGCUGCUCUGCAGACGCCGUGCUCGCCCAGCAGUCGGGUGUCGUCUUUCUCUUCGGCAUCUUCUACAAACACUGCUGGGAACUGGAGAACCCCCCUUGCACUGGGACUUUCAGACUACGACACGUUGUCUCAUUCCUCCUACGCCAGCUGUUACGGGAAUGUUUAUGGCAACCUUCCUUUGCAGAGCAGGACCUACGUGGAGCCGAGCCAGCUGGGAGGGGACGAGGAGGAUGGCCUGGAGGCAGAGCUGCCCAGCAGUGAGCAGAGGCUGUUCUGGCACGAGGACUCCAAGCCCGGGACGCUGGUGUAGCCCCCGUGCAGCCCCUCACUCACUCACUCCCUCCCUCUACCCCUGCGUGCCUUGCACAGAACGCCGCACCCGGCCUCGGGUGGAACUUUGCAAAAGGAACAAAAAGAGGAAGCAGAGGCUGUUUGUCCUGCUGGGAAAGGUGGAAUUCAGCGUUCAGAGGGACUGUAGCAAACUUGACAAAGUCUUACCACGAAUGGCGUCUCUUUGUGAAUCCGU